GUCAAUUAUUUAGAAACGGAGAGAGUAUUUAUUGAUUGAUUGUAUAGACAUAAAAAUUGAUUAAUCUUUAAUUUUUAUUUGCUGAUGGAUUAAUCUUUCCUUUAUAUUUGCUAAAUGAUUAAUCUUUCCUUUUUAUUUGAUAAUUGAUUAAUUUUUUUUUUGACGGAGAUAAUUGAUUAAUAUUUCCUUUUUAUUUGCUGAUUGAUUAAUAUUUCCUUUUAUAUAUGUUGAUUGAUUAACCUUUAUUUCCUUUUAUAUUUGCUGAUUGAUUAAUCUUUCCUUUUUAUUUACUGAUUGAUUAAUAUUUCCUUUAUUUUAAUUUUCUUUUCCAAAUUUAAAAAAAUUGGGAUGUUAUUGUCAUUUUAGGUGGAUACCACAACCUCGCCCUUCAUUGAUAUAAUAGAGAUAUGUUCCAUGGAUUACAGUGAGUAGAGUCGGUUCUCCGUACCAAUUUAAUACGGAUUAAUUUGAUCAUAAUUUUUGGUCAAUAAUAUUACAGUUUACCAAAUAUAAAAGAUUUCAAAGAUAUCACUUAAGAUAUUACGAAGCAUUUUAGUACAAACUCUUUCGGAAAUAAUGGAAAUCAAUUUUACAUAGAUUAUUUUGAUACAUUGAGAUGAUUUCAACAAGCGAAGUAUCGGCAGGACAACAUACAUAUUUCUCUUUCUAAUGUAUAAAUUACUAAUAUCAGUGAAAAUAGAUUAUAUAAAUAAUGCAAAAAAACAAAUUGUAACAUUUUAAAAAAAAAAUAAAAAAUGGAAGGGGUACUAAAUCCGAAAAGAAACGAGGACUUUAUACGAGAAAAAGAAAAAAAACAAAACAAAAUAUAUACGUGUACCUAAUAUGAAAAGCAUGAAACUAACUGUUGUUUCUAGUUAGUACGGACUAUAUAAAGAAGGUCCAACAUUGAACAUACGUUUCAACAACUUCACAUUACAUAAUUCUUCCAAACUCAGAAAUGUAGCGAGAGAAAAUCAAAUAAAUAAAUACAAUAUUUAGAGAGAGAAAUAUAACAAAGGGAAGAAAUUAAAGAAAUACAAAACAUCAUCUAAGAAAAGCUUCCUUGCAAAUCUCAUGAACUGUGGUGUCGUCUUGGGUUUCUACUGCUGGGGUUGGGAGUUCUUAACUGCCCUUCUUCUUUUCUCAACCCUUUUUUAUUCUUCUUUUUAAUCAUUUUUUUUCUUCUUUUUUUUUUUUUUUUUCAAAUUUUCUAAGAUUUUUAUUUCUUUUAUUACAUAAAAAAGGGUUAAGAAAAUAAAUUAGUAUUUUUAGUAAAGCACAAAAACAUUAAAAAAAAAGAUUUUUAAUGGAAGGUGUUUGUGAGAAGGGGUUGUUUGAGUACGGAAUAAUAAGGAAAUCAAAUCCACCACCCUUUUUGUUGAAGACCUACAUGCUUGUGGAUGAUCCCGAGACCGACACCGUUGUAUCAUGGAACGAAGGCGGUACCGCCUUCGUUGUGUGGCAGCCGGCCGAGUUUGCCCGGGACUUGCUCCCUACUUUCUUCAAGCAUUGCAACUUCUCUAGCUUUGUUAGACAACUCAAUACCUACGGGUUCAGGAAAGUGGCAACAAGCAGAUGGGAGUUUUGCAACGACAUGUUCCAAAGAGGCAAGAAAGAAUUGAUCGGCCAAAUUCGACGUCGGAAAGCCUGGGCCCACCGUCCACAACCAGGAACGGUUGCAGCCAACCCGACAAACUCCGAAGCUCCUCCAAAUAAUCAUGAUGAAGAUCAAAGGUCCUCAUCAACUUCAUCAUCCUCUGAGCUCAACAUUCUAGUGGAUGAAAACAAGAGACUAAAGAAGGAAAACGGGGUGCUAAGCUCAGAACUCACAAACAUGAAGAACAAGUGCAAGGAGCUACUUGACUUGGUCGCGGUCUACACAAACCGAAAGGAAGAUCAAAGCCAAGGCAGCAACAACAAUGACGAUGACGAAAAGUACGAAAAACAGCCAAAGCUGUUUGGGGUAAGAUUAGAAGUCCAAAGUGAAAAAGAGAGAAAGAGGAAGAGGUCAGAAGAAGUUUAUGAGACGGCAAGACUUUUGUUAUCUCAGUCAUGCAAGUAACAAGGCUAGCUGCAAAUAUAAAUACAAGUCCAUUAUUAGAACUUGGUUUAAUUUAGCUGUCUGUCUUAGAAAUUUAUCCUGAAAACUACAGUUCAGUAAAUUACAAGUAUGAUUAUUGAACUUUAAUUAGUGAUGAAUUCAGGAACAUAAUUGUAGAUAAAUGUUUGUUCUAGUUCACAAGUAACUAGAAAUUAUGAAUAAAGGUUGACAUAUGAUAUAGUUUA